GGACGGUGAUGUGUCAGAAUCGUGUACUUGCCGCGAUCUCACUACGUUUAUUGAGAUUGGACUACAUACGUACUACGCGAAAGGUCGAACUUACAGUGCCUAUACGACGCCAACGUAACGGUACUGCGCUUGGCUGGCAAAUACUUGAUGCUAGCGAUUACAUCAUCACAUUCAGCAUCACUAUGUGACAUUUGCUAAGCAGCAGGCAUGCCAGUUGUGUGCUGAUGCAAAUGCAUUUCAACUAUUCAUUACUAAGAGCACUGACUAGUGACUAUGUAUGUAGACGUUGCUGCUCCACAUUGCAUUUACAAAUGAUUUCUCAUCUAUCAUAAUAUCAUGCCUAAUAUCACUUUACUAAUGCACGUAUGAGACCGAUAUUAUGCUUCUAUCGCAUCCCACGUGUGAAGAAACGUGAUAUUCAUAAAAGCAUGACUCAUCCCCUGGCGUUCUGAUCCGGGGCAGGGUCGAUGCGCCGUUCCAAAUUUAUCCCUCCACCUGCCGAUAGUGUUGACAUGUUGACCGGUGGCUCAGUGGCGAGCGUAAUUUGCCGCUCGUCUGCGCUUCACCCGAUACGCGUGUCGGCCUAUCGCCCGUCAUGGUGGGACUGCGUGGCGGGUGGGUGGCACGGUAGGGUGGUGAUGCUCCCACAUUGCAUCAGGGACUGUGGCCCGGCGGCCGUGCCGCACAGUGGGGGCGGACUCCGGACAGUGGCGCCGUCUGCGGCUGUGGAACAUCGGGAAAAUCUGGGCCAUCACAAUCGUUUCGGACGAAUAAUCUUACGACGUAUUUGAAGACGAGGUUGCAGUGCUUUUGUAGCUAAAACAUCGAAAGCUGCUUGCGUAAUCGGGUGUUCCACUGGUGCAGAUAGUGUUAAUUCUGCUACAGUGACGUACCACAUCGAUAGGAUCGGAUUUUGUCUGUCGUCUGUUCCUGUUUGUGAUUGUUGUGUCUCGCUGCUGGCUCCUUAAUUCAAUAAUGUCGCCUAUCUUUUGGAUUCUGGAAACCAUGACCGUGAGAAUCAGCUUUGGGUGUGUGCCAUGAGUGAGCGAAUUCCCGCUGCUCCGCCUCCCGGGCCCGACGUCGGCAUGUUGGUGUACUGCGACCACCUGGAGAACUGCAGCUGGUCCGAACCGGACGCACAGAGCCGCAUCUCCAUCAUCAGCUACCGCUACUGCUACCCGACCAUCAGCGGCGUCGGCAUCGUGGGCAGCCUGCUGCUGCUGCUGGUGCUGCGCGACGCGCGGUUCGGCGGCGCCGGCGUCUACACCUACCUGCGCUGUCUGAUGCUCUCCGACAGCGCCGCGCUGACGAUGGCUGGAGCCACUUUCCUGGCCGAGACGUGGCAGACAUACGUGGACUGUGACGGUCGCCGCCUGCAGCCGCGCUCUCGCGCAGAGGCUAUCUGGCGCAUUGUGUUCGUGCCGUUCGCCAACGCAAUGGUCGGGUUCAGCAUGGGCGUCACGCUGUGGAUGACGUACGACCGCUACCAGGCGGUCAGGGUGCCGCACGAGCUGUGGCGGCAGCGGCAGCCCGAGCGGCGCUGCGGCGGCCGGCCGCUCCGCAUCGCCGCCACCCUGUUCGUCUCGCUGGCGCUGCACAUGCCGCAGACGCUGGGUUAUCAUGUGGUCGAGCACUGCCCGGUGGAGGGCGACACGUUCUACACGGUGUCGCUGAUCCACGGCGCCGCCUCCGGCUGGGUCUGGCCCUUCUACCAGUGGGCCCUGCAGGUACUGGUGCGCUGGCUGCCGGCCGCCGUUGUCCUCUACUGCAACAGCUACAUCAUCGUAGCCAUCAAGCGCCGCGAGCGCCGCGUGCAGGCGAUUGCAAACACGAUGAGCCAACAGUGCACGGAGAGCGUCACCCGGCGGCCGCGCGGGGAGAGUUCGGCCAGCAGCUGCAGCGGCGUCAGCCUGGUCGGCGUCUGCGAGCUGCCGCGGCCGCCGGCGCCGCCGCCCUCGCCGCUGCCGCAGCGGCCGCCGUCCGCGUCCGUGGACUCGGCGCGCCGGCAGCGCCAGCGCCGCCAGGAGGCCGAGCACCGCAUGGAGUUUCUGCUGGCGGCCACGGCGGCCUCCUACCUGGUCUCCAACUGCCUCCAGUCGGCGCUCUGCAUACUGGAGCUGGUCUACGAGCAGCGCGACCUCGGCUUUCAGAUUUUCCGGGCGAUCGCCAACAAUGUAGAAGCACUGAACUUCUGUCUAGACUUCGUGUACGCCAUAGUGUUUGUCCGCCAAAUUCGAGACGUGUUCCUGUGUCGGAUUCAGCAGGUGGUGUCCGUUUUUCAAUCUAUAUUGGCGCCACCGUCUAAAGCUGACGUGGCUAAUAACGCCGAUCAAUAAAGCGACAUUGGUCGAGGGCUUUCCAUACGUGUGUGGUCUCAUAACUCAAGCGUUUGCUUACAGUGUGUAAUGUUACGAUACCACGGUCCCGACCCAUGUGUGUUGUUUUCCCAGAAGACGUCGGCGGUGUCUUUCUUAUACACCAGAUAAAUAAAAAGGACAUUU